AUGGUUUUGAACUCCAAAUUAGUAUUGCCCGUCGCUUUGGGUUUCUCAAUAGUAACAGUAACAGCAUUUGUUGUGUAUUAUGUAUUCAAGAAGGAUGAGGAAAUUGACAAAACAGUGAAAACAGCUCGAGUCAAUGUUAUCGAAGUCACUGUGCCAAAAAGUAUUGUAUCUGCUUUAAUUGGUCGAAAUGGUUCUAACAUCAAAGAUAUUGAACAGAAGUCUGGGUCACUCAUACAUUUCAAAAAAUUUAGCGAUAAAGAUUAUGAUGUAUGUAUAAUCAGAGGAAGGAGCAGUGCUACUCAGGUGGCAGAGACAAUGAUACAUGAUUUUAUUAAACAGCAGCCUCUUAUUGAAUCUGAUUCAAUGGAAGUGCCAUGUUGGACAGUCGGCAGGAUUAUUGGAUCAGGUGGUGAUAAUAUUAAUGACAUAAGCCACUCAAGUGGCGCCCGAGUGAAGGUAGAAUCUAAUCAGCAAGCUAAUAACAAUGAACCAACAAAAAUUUCUUUCCGAGGGACAAAAGAACAAAUUGAUCUUGCUAAAAGACUCAUUGAAACUUGUGUGGCGCAAGAGAAGUGUCGUCGUGAGGUCGAGCAGGCUAAGAAACCUCGCCUGCCAAUAUCCACCCCUGCACCGGCCCCCCAACCCGCCAUAGACACAGGUGACUCACCUCCCGCCAAGCAUGUCCGCUAUUCCACGCCUGAACCAGCGGGAUCCUCCAUCGAAGUGUACGUGGCCGCCGUGUCUUCGCCGUCGCGAUUUUGGGUUCAAUUCGUUGGUCCACAAGUGAAUCAACUGGAUGACCUCGUCGCUCAAAUGACAGCGUAUUACAGCAAUAAGGACAAUCGCGACGCGCAUGCGUUGAAUUCAGUAUCGGUGGGCCAGGUGGUGGCAGCAGUGUUUAGACACGACGGCCGUUGGUAUCGGGCGCGCGUCGAUGACAUUCGGGCGAAUGAAUUCGACGCCACUCAACAGGUAGCCGAUGUAUUCUACUUGGAUUAUGGAGAUAGCGAGUAUGUCGCCACACACGAGCUCUGCGAGUUGAGAGCGGAUCUUCUCAGGCUGCGGUUCCAGGCAAUGGAGUGUUUCUUGGCUGGUGUGAAACCCGUUACCAUCGAGAACGAGGAACCUAAGUCUGAUGAAUGGCCCAAGUGGCAUCCACAGGCUGUUGAACGUUUUGAAGAGCUCUCACAGGUGGCCCGUUGGAAGCCGCUGAUGUCGAAAACGUGCACUUACAAGCGAAUUUCCUCUCUUCGAGGCGACCUUCACAAGGACAUACCCGGCAUCAAGCUAUAUGAUGUCACUGAUGAAGGAUCAGUCGAUAUCGGCGAGACCCUAAUAGCCGAAGGAUGGGCGGUGGCCAGCCCCUCCACUUCUUCCACUCCGCAACACAUCCACUCUCCUCUGACGCCGUUCGGCGACCUCACCAACUCCAGAGUUUUGGGUAUGCUGGGACCUCGAGCUGCGUCGAUGCCUAAAGACCACAAGGAUGACAGAGAAACUUCACCUCUGACUCCGGAGAGUUUGAAAGAUGCAACAUCAAUAUCUCUCUCCGGGGGCCUCGAAGCGGCAGAUAAAGUGAAAUCGGUGUCCAAUUUCGAUCUUUCGUACGACUCGAGUAAACCCGUUGCCCAUACCAACGGUUCUCACGAAUUUCUCGAUAGCGAGCGACAACAUAUCGAAAAAGAAGCGCCGAACUCGCCGACGAAAAAUAAAGAUUUGCGGAAUGAAUUCAAAGCGAAUAUGAAUAGGAUAGACUCGCAUCAUAGUAAUUUAGACAGUCUUGGCAGGCACGAUAAUGUUAAGUCUAAGAAACAUGCCUACUUUUAUAAUUCUAGACGUAAUUUCGGCCAGUUAGAAGCUCGGAACAAAUCGAUUGUAUUCACUUCCGGUGAAGAGAAGUUGCUGGUAAUCAUCACGGUACUUGGGGUGGCGUCAGGACUUCCCUCCUACAUAGCAGUGCCAGCUGACCAGAUCGCCUUCCUAGAUUUAAACUCUUUACGAGCUCGUAGAGUCCCGAGGCAAAUUUUAGAGCCACCGGCCUUACCGCAGGCAGCUUACCAAGAUGAUUACCAGCCUAUACCCUUGGAACAAUAUAAUCAGCAAACCAUAGCAUUAGCCCCGCCGCCGGCCCCGACACCGCAAAAAAUACAGGUCCAACAGGACGCCAAGCCCGCCGCCAUCGGUGUACAUCAAUUUGCGGAACGUCCGCCAGAUUUCGGUGAAUAUGUCGACUUCGGGGCUCACACUGGGGACAACGGAGCUUUCGGGUGGUACGCGGACUACCCGCUCAACAAUCAGGAGUCCUACGGACAUUAA